AUGCACGGCGAGGUCAGCGGCCAACCAGAAAGCGCGAUGCUGGCGCCAGAUGUUUAUCCGUUGCAGAAACCUAUUGGAGUGCUGACAACUACCGCUGGCAAACCGGUGGAGGUGCGGGAGUCGGUUACCCUCAACACCGAUUUCUUCAACAAUCAGCAUUUCUGGGAUCUGCAGACUGCUUCUGAACAUGAACGCAUCCCGGAGCGCACGGUGCACUCACGCGGCACUGGCGCAUAUGGCUACUUUGAAGUUACCAACGACGUCUCGAAAUACACCAAAGCUGAUGUCUUCAAUGGCAUCGGCAAGAGAUCCCCCGCCGUCGUCCGAUUCUCCUACCAAAUCCAAAGACGAGGAGGAGUAGACGUCGUCAGAGAGACGGGAGCCUUGGUUACCAAAUUCUACACAAACGAAGGCAAUUUAGAUUUUCUCGGCUUAUCAUUCCCAGUUUUCCUCUUUAAUUCUCCACAUGAAUUCAGUCCGUUGACACAUGCUUUCCAAAGGAACCCUAAGACAGCCAUCGUCGAUGCUACAUCUCGCUUGGACUUCGUCACUCUUACACCUGAAACUAUCCACCAGAUAUUGUGGUUGUUCUCUGAUUACGGUAUCUUUAACGGCUACAGACAUAUGAACGUGUUUCCUAUUCACGCAUACGAGCUCGUCAACAAACAUGGCGACAGCUACUUUGUGAGAUUCAAUUUCAUAACUGAACAGGGUCUGGAGCUACUCACCGAUCGAGCUGCCGGUGCUCUUAGAGCUAAUGACCCAGACUACUCCGUAAGAGAUCUUUACGACGCAAUAGCCGCGGGAAACUACCCCUCUUGGGGACUGGACAUGGACAUCAUUCCUAAGUCCCACCUUUCAAAGCUUGAUUACAAUCCUUUCGACUUGACUGCUUUAUGGAAGAAUGGCACAUACUAUACGGUAACUAUUGGACGCUUAGUAUUAAACAGAAACCCUGAGAACGAGUUUAAGGAUGUCGAACAAACGGCUUUCAAUCCCGGUAAUUUGGUGUCCGGAAUACCGGGGCCGGUUGACGACCUUUUCAAAGCACGGAGAUUCGCCUACCGAGAUGCUCAAUCUUACCGGUUGGGCAUUAAUCAUAAUAAUAUUGAAGUCAAUCAGCCGAAGUAUAUGAAGACCUACAACCGAGACGGCGUGCCGCCACUGCUAGAUAAUAUGAAAGAUGCGCCGAAUUACUAUCAGAACUCGUUCAACGGUCCAGUUCCGUAUGUGGACGUAGCGAAGCCUAAAGAGACUGUAUCUAUUAAAUUCAAACAGUCGACAGAUCUCGGAGAGUCUUCUUAUUUCUACAACACCUACGUUAACACGGAGGGGAAGAGGGCCAGGAUGGCAGCAAACAUAGCCAGCGUGAUGGUGAACGCGGUUGAAGAAGUCCAGGUGAGGUUACUGAAGGUCCUGUAUCUGAUAGAUCACGACCUGGGCGCGCGCGUCGGGGCGGCGCUGCCGGUCGCUGAGGAACAGAAGCGUUUGCAGCGCCCAAGGCUUGCGUUGGUCCAGAAGUACCCUAAAACAUAUGAUUUAGUACCCAUGUGCCAGUGCCAGUAG